AUGAACUUAGUCUUUCUCUAACCAUCGUGAGAUAUUGACCACCCAUUCCAAGUCGUUUAGUUACCUAAAAUGUUCUUUUUAAUAUUCUCUGCAAUAUCGGUAGUAAUAUUCGUGUACGCAUUAACUGUAGUGCGGAAAUAUGCGCGAAUUAUUAAGUUAUCCAAAGAUUUCCCUGGUCCACCUGCCUUGCCCAUAGUUGGCAACGGACAUACAUUCUUCGGGAAGCAAGCUGAGGACUUCAUCUGUAUCGCUAUAAACUGGAUGGACAUUUAUGGCCAGACAAUUAGGGUGUGGUUUGGUCCUGAACUAAAUAUUCUGACGUCCGACAUGAAAUUUGUUGAGCCCCUUCUUAGUAGCCAUGACCUACUGGACAAGGCAACUGAGUAUGACUUUUUGAGGCCGUGGCUACAUCAAGGAUUACUAGUGAGCACAGGAAGAAAAUGGUUCGGACGUCGCAAGAUCAUCACGCCAGCAUUCCAUUUCCGAAUCUUAGAGCAAUUCGUUGACGUGUUUGACGCUCAAAGUAAUAUUUUGGUAAAACUCCUCUCGAAGUAUUCUCCAGAAGACGAAGUUGAACUUUAUCCUUACAUAACUCUUUGCGCUCUAGAUGUGAUUUGUGAGACUGCCAUGGGAGUUUCAUGCAAAGCUCAAAUCAAUUCCGACUCCAAAUAUGUUCAAGCUGUUAAAACAAUUUCAAUGGUCCUCCAUAAGCGCAUGUUUGACGUUCAAUAUCGCCUCGACUUCCUUUUCCGACUCACUAAUCUAGCUCGCAUUCAGAACCAAGCCCUCAAGAUUAUCCACGAUUUCAGCAAUGACGUGAUUGUGGCUAGACGUAAUGAACUCCUCCGAGCUCAACAGGAUAAAUCUACUGCCCAAGUUGCAGACGAAAAUGAUAAUAGUAUCGGAGCUAAGAAGAAAAUGGCCUUCCUCGAUAUCCUUUUGCAAUCGAAUAUCGAUGGGAAACCUCUGAGUAAUAUGGAUAUCCAAGAGGAGGUAGACACAUUCAUGUUUGAAGGACAUGACACCACAACAUCGGCUAUAACCUUCUGCCUGUACAAUUUGGCUCUGUAUCCUGAGGCGCAACAGAAGUGUUUUGAGGAAAUCUGUGACGUUAUUGGAAAGGAUAAGGAUAAAGCGAUUACCUAUACCGACUUAAAUAGUUUGAACUACAUGGAGCUAGUUGCGAAGGAAACAUUGAGAUUGUUCCCUUCAGUACCACUGCUGGGACGUAAGGUUACGAAGGAGUGUACUAUAAAUGGUAAACGUAUUCCCGCUGGUACCAACAUCGGCAUAUCACCACUUGUUCUUGGUCGUAUGGAGGAAAUUUUCCCGCAAUCUGACAAAUUCAUACCGGAACGUUUUGACUCCAGCAUGGUUACAGGUGGUGAUAAGAUGAAUCCUUACUGUUAUAUCCCAUUCUCGGCUGGACCGCGAAAUUGCAUCGGACAAAAGUUUGCAAUGUUGGAGAUCAAGAGUGUCGUUUCAAAGAUCCUACGGCACUUCACAGUAGAGAUGGCUCCUGAUCAAGAAGAACCACUUCUGGUUGCUGAGUUGAUUUUGAAGUCAAAGAAUGCAUUGAAAUUCAAAUUGAAACCAAGGAUCUAUACAUAAGGGUGAUAAUAGGAGGUGUGCUGGAGAAGGUAUACGAGUAUAUAGUGGAAAAUAAAUAUGUAUAAACAAUAAAAGGUGUUAGAGAUAUUGA